GCUCUCGAACAUCGAAACAAAAAGGUCAAUUUCUUAGUCCCUCCCUCCCCGCAUCGUCGUCGUUAGAUUGUUGUCUCUACCUAAUUCAACAUCUACCACCCGCACAACCCACUCAUUUACUCAAGGUCAAGCUGGACUUGAUUUGAACCGACACUCAUUAAUUUUAUCAGUCCCCCCCGGUCUCGCCAAUCACCUACGCUACUAACCCCAGUCUCUCAUCGCAAUAUCACGCACUUCGAACCGAACUCACACUCUCGCCGCCCCCACUAUUAUCUACUGCUGGUACAGUACAAAUACAAAUGUCACCACAACCCCCCAACGCUCAAUCAGCAAUCAGAACGACGAACGUCAACAUGGCUGUCGCUCAACCCAAACCAAAAGCUUCCAAAGCUGCUCCUGCUACAAAAGGAAAGAUGCAAAUGCAUAGACGAUCAAGGACAGGUUGUUACACAUGUAGAUUAAGAAGAAAGAAGUGUGAUGAAGGUGCCAUAACUUGCAGUGCUUGUAAGCAUCUAGGUUUACGAUGUGAAUACAAGAGACCUUCGUGGUGGGGAAACAAUGAGUUGCGCCGCCAGCAAAAAGAGCUGAUCAAGACUAUCAUCAAGCGAAAGAAGCUCACGGAAAAGACAACCGCACCAUCUCAAGCUCAAACACAACAAGUCAUGUCAUCGAGUAUCGAUACCCCUCCUGGACUUACACACUCAUUACCUACCUCUGCAACAUACUCCGACUCCUUAGACCGCAAUCGAUCAUCAUCAAUUGAUUCUCAAUUAUCUCUCUUUGAUUUCAAUGCCCCUCCCAUGGCCGAUUACACGGCUUACAAUGCGCAAAUGCACUCAUCGCAUUCUCAAUACGCAAUUUAUCCUGAAUACUCACCUUAUGAGAUUGAUGUAAAGACAGAACGACAAAUGUUUGUUAAUGAUGUUCCUACUCGCCGCGAAUCAACCAUCUCUACCUUUAGCACGUUCCAUCCACCACCACCACCCGAAUCGAUGCUACCAUCCUUCCCAAUUGAUCACGAGUGGGAUACUGUAUACAAUGAAAGACAUGAAGUAUUAGCAGAGGAAGCAUUGAACAUGAACCUCUUCGAUUUCUCCCACGGUCCACCUUCAUCAUUCCGCCAAGUUGCCAUUGAAUUGGAUGAGGGUGAUCAAAGACUUCUCGACCAUUUCGUCUCAGAUGUUUUACCUACCAUAUUUCCAAUUCUCGAAAGCAAUCAACAUGGUUCCGCACGAACAGAUUACAUCCUCCCAGCACUCCAAAGCAACAAAUGUUACCUACACUGCUGUCUCAGCAUUUCUGCUCAACAUUUCAAAUCCACCAUGAACAUCCAAGGAGAACAAAUUGAUAACGAUAUCAUGCGCCACCGAUAUGCAACCAUCUCCGAACUUUGUGAAGCUCUCAACCGCGACACUGAUCACGUAUCGAUAUUGGAAGCUACAUUGGGAAUGAUCUUCUUUCAAUGCUCGGUCGGUCGAUUCGACGACUCUCUCCCCGAUAUCCCAUGGCAUCAACAUUUCCAAGCUGCGAUUUCUCUCGUUCAAAAACUCGAAUUGCCACGUCUCGUCACCGAAUCGCAUGAUCUGAUGCCUUUCAACAUGACUUUGACGGCUUGGAUCGACAUCCUCGGUUCGACCAUUCAAGGCCGUGCACCCACAUUUGCUCACACAUACAGAGAAAAGCAUUUGUCGCAAACCAACUCAUCUCUCGGCUUGAGAGAACUCAUGGGCUGUGAAGAUCGCGUUUUGUAUCUCAUUUCUGAAAUCGCAUGUUUGGAAGCUCUCAAGAAUGAUGGCAUGGAUGACAUUCAGCUUUGUCAACACGUCCAUGCUCUCGGCGAUCAAAUCGGACUUACGGAAAUCGGUGAAACCGGUCCCCGUGUUCCAUUCAAUGCUCAUGGUAUUCUCAGUCCCAAGCAAUUGAGCAAGAAUAUGACUGCAGCUUUCCGUCUCGCAGCUCGUAUCUAUCUCUGCAGUCUCGUUCCUGGCUUCUCCCCAAGUCAAGAUAGCUGUGUCGGGUUGGUUAACAAACUUACACAAGCACUUGAAUACAUCCCCGCUGGACCCGGAGGCUAUGACCGUAGUCUCGUAUGGGUUUAUCUCAUUGGAGGAUCUGUCAGUACUACUCAUUCUCCUUUCCGUCACCAUUUUGCCGAGCGUCUCGCUGCUCUUGGAGAUUUCGCCAACCAAGGAAGUUUCGGUCGUGUAUCGACUCUUCUUAAGGAAGUCUGGAGUCAUGUGGAUGGUAGAUACAGUCCUGGUGGUGGUGAAGCACAUUAUGUCUCCUGGAGAGAGAUAAUGCAGAUGAAGGGUUGGGAUUUCUUGUUGAUUUAGAAACCCUGACUUGGAUAUCUUCCACUGGUAUGGAAGAUGGAAAAACUUCAUAUUGCAGUGCUAUGAUAUAGUAGUGAUACUGUAUCGAAUCAUCACGCCGGGCAUUGAGCCCAUCUAGUUACUAGACCCCAGACGAAGCGAGAUUUUCAUGAGACAUGGAAGGAUUAAUGGAUAUGUAGUACUAUGAGCUACGAGAUGAGAUGAGAAUGAGAGAUACGUGUAUGGUGUAAAGAGUUAAGAAUCAUUGAGAUCAACGAGGAAAAAGACAAGAUGACGACGAGGAAGAUUUUUCAUUCUGAAGGUUUUUUUUGGGUUUCGAAAGCAUACCAUGGAUUGCAUUAUCAUUAUCAUUUGGCAUACCCCAUUCAUUUUUCUCAUUGGCAAGCAACGGCGUUACGGCAGAUUAAGAGAGAAUCAGAGAUAUAUGUAUGUGUUUGGAAUCACGAGAGUAAGGGAGGAAAUACCAGUCAGUAGGCAGGCAGGCGUUUAGAGGCAUUUGUGUGUUUUGUUUUUUGUUUUUUUGUUUAACCUACAUACCACCGUUUACUUAACUUUCGUUGAACACUUUUGUAUAUUAUUAUCCUAACUUUUUGGGAAUGAGAAGAAGGCUAUAGAGCUGGGGAUCUUGGGGAAGGAGGAGAGGAUUGAAGAUGCUUCUGGGAUUAUUUGUAUAGGGUUCAUAUUAUAGUAUUUGCAUAUGGGUUGAGCGCUCACGCUGCUCCCCUGUUAGGGAUUGGGAUUGGAAUUGGAGUGGAUGAAUAAGUAAGGAAUAGGAAUUCAAAAUAUUAAAAGAUAUUGAAA